GCGGAGGCAGAAGCCCGCGCGCUCGGCCCGCCGCGUCCCGGGCUCGCAGGUCCAGAGCGGGGGCUCGCCGUCUCUCACGCCGCCACCACCACCACCGCACCCCGGCCGGCUCCGCGCCCCGCGCCCCUCGGAGCGCACCAUGCCGCAGCUGGACGCGGGCAGCGGCGGCACGGGCAGCGGCGCGGGCGGCGGCGACGACCUCGGUGCUCCCGACGAGCUGCUGGCCUUCCAGGACGAGGGCGAGGAGCAGGACAAGAGCCGCGACAGCGCCGCGGGCCCCGAGCGCGACCUGGCCGAGCUCAAGUCGUCGCUCGUGAAUGAGUCCGAGGGCGCGGGGGGUCCGGGGCCCGGCGCCGGGGCGCGGGGCGAGGCCGACGCGGCGGCCGAGGCGCUCGGGCGCGAGCACGCUCCACAGAGCCUGUUCGCGGACAAACUUACCGAGUCCCUGGCGGACGGCCUGAAGGCCCCGGAGUGCUCUGGCGGCACCAUGUACAAGGAGAGCGUCUACUCUGCCUUCAACCUGCUCAUGCACUACCCGGCCACCCCGGGGACCGGGCAGCACCCGCAGCCGCAGCCGCAGCCCGCCCUGCACAACAAAGCCAAUCAGCCCCCUCAUGGUGUCCCCCAGCUGUCUCCUCUCUACGAACAUUUCAGCAGCCCACACCCCACGUCUGCACCUGCAGACAUCAGCCAGAAGCAAGGAGUUCCCAGGCCUCUGCAGACCCCUGACCUCUCUGGCUUCUACUCCCUGACCUCGGGUAGCAUGGGACAGCUCCCACAUACUGUGAGCUGGCCCAGCCCUCCUCUCUACCCCCUGUCCCCUUCCUGCGGAUAUAGGCAGCACUUCCCUGCCCCCACUGCAGCCCCUGGCGCCCCCUACCCCAGGUUCUCCCACCCGUCCCUGAUGCUGGGCUCUGGUGUACCUGGCCAUCCAGCAGCCAUCCCCCACCCUGCCAUCGUGCCUCCCUCAGGGAAGCAGGAGCUGCAGCCCUAUGACCGCGGCCUGCGUGUGUCCCCCAGGAAGACCCAGGGUGAAUCCAAGGCAGAGAAGGAAACCAAGAAGCCAACCAUCAAGAAGCCCCUGAAUGCGUUUAUGCUGUACAUGAAGGAGAUGAGAGCGAAGGUCAUCGCAGAGUGCACACUGAAGGAGAGUGCUGCCAUCAACCAGAUCCUGGGCCGCAGGUGGCAUGCGCUGUCGCGGGAAGAGCAGGCCAAGUACUAUGAGCUGGCCCGCAAAGAGAGGCAGCUACACAUGCAGUUAUACCCCGGCUGGUCGGCGAGGGACAACUAUGGGAAGAAGAAGAGGCGGUCGAGGGAAAAGCACCAAGAAUCCACCACAGACCCUGGCUCGCCUAAGAAAUGCCGUGCUCGCUUUGGCCUCCACCAGCAGACGGAUUGGUGUGGUCCUUGCAGGUGGGUUUCUCCCCACCGUCAUUCUCCCUUUGCUUCAAGCUGCCUCCCUGACUGUGUGUGUCUGCUGAGCCUUCUCUCCUCCAGCCCUGCAGCCCUGCCAUGCCCACAUCAGGGCACCUCCCAUCAGAGUGAACAUUGCACACAACUUAUGUCUGUUGGAAGGAAGGGAAGGCAGGUACAACAAAGGGGCAUGGUGCCAGCCAAGUCCUUACCUGUUUCUCCCACCACACUGAGGGCUUGAGUCUCUGACCCUUGGCACUUCAUAACUCUAUCUUGAUAUCAUGUACCUACUGAGACCAGAAGGCCAGGGAAGAGUAGUACCACUCCAAGCUGUCUCAGCCAGAAGGACCUGUGCCAUCAAGCCUGUACAUCCCACCACUUAAUAGUAACAGUUGUGGGAGUUUAAAAGGUUUACUUUCCACAUUCAAACUGGCUCAUUCAGGGCCAGGUCUGGCAAUACUGUGGCUAAAGUUAUACUGGCCCCAAGAACACUUAUCUACCUAGUCUUUUAGUAUGCCUUAUCACAUUCUCUGUCCAGGGACCAAAUAGAAUUCAGGGUGUGUGCACAGGCAGAUGCCAACUUUGGGGCAGGCCUGUCCUUAGAAGGCACCCCUCCCCAUCCAUUCCAUGCUACUUGGGGGCAGCGGGGGGUGGGGGGGGGCGUACCUGUGGCCACAGAACUCUGCAACAGCAAUCGCAAGAAACAAAUUUCUUCUGCUAGCCCAGCUCUGAAGACUGGAAUUAUUCAUUGAAGCAGCCCCUUCCCUUAGUGUGCAUCUGAGCCACACACUCACAGAGGCAGCAAAAGCCCAAAGGCCCAGACCAGGAGAGGCUCCCUAGCGGCUCAGGCCUGGCUACAAAGGGUCCUUGUACAACCUUGUGGCUGUUGUGAGAACUGCACCUAUCCCAGGUCUGGGCCAAGUCCAAAAGUUCGACUGAAGACUUGGGCAUAUCACCCAAGUCACGGGGAAAGGAGGAAGCAGGGCCUGCUCGAGGACAGCAUUUUUUGGUUGUGGUGUAUGACUGUGAAUUCACCCUCUGUUUACAGAUAACUCUCUUCACUAUUCCUAGGAGGAAAAAGAAAUGCAUUCGGUACUUACCCGGAGAAGGCCGCUGCCCCAGCCCCGUUCCUUCCGAUGACAGUGCUCUAGGCUGCCCUGUGUCCCCAGCUCCCCAGGACUCACCAUCAUACCUUCUGCUAUCACGCUUCCCCACAGAACUGCUUGUUAGCCCUGCAGAGCCAUCACCUACAUCCCCAAACAUCUCUACUGCUUGCAGCCUCCCAGCUCCCAGCCCCCCACAGGCCUCCCGCAGCACCCUGCAGAGUACACAGGCACAGCAACAGGAAUCUCAGAGACAGGCAGCCUAGCCUUGCACA